AUCGAGCUGUUUGCUGCAGGGGAGAAGAGAUGCGGGACAGCGAGAGUGUAUGGGCAGGGCAGAGUGGAUCGAGAUGAAAUCGCCUGCCAUUUUUACAGUUUUCAGCUGGAGAAUGGGUGACGGUGAGAGAGCUUUUUCGUUUUUUAACUAACGCAGGCAGUGCACGCGUAUCUCACUCGCUCCCGCCCGCCGGCCGACUCCCGCCCCCUACCUACAUUCUAGCUACAAAGUGCGAGCUCUCGUGUCAGUGUCACGAUCAUGGCCAUUUCCUCCGUUGCCGGUGCGCUUCCCCAGGCUAUCUAGCUAGCUAGCUGAUCACAAUUCACAAGCAGAUUUGCAUGGCUUCGUCUGCGAUGAUUGGCCGCGAGCGCGGGAAGCAUGAAGACGGUGCGGUGGCGCCGGGGCGGCGGAGGUUCCAAGCCGGCAGUGAAGAGGAGGAGGAGCCGACGACGGCGACCGCGGGGUGUAGGUGCCGGUCGUGCGCGGCGGUGGCGGUGGCGGACUGCGUGGCGCUGGGGUGCUGCCCGUGCGCCGUGGUCGGCUUGCUGGGCCUGGCGCUCGUCAGGGCGCCGCUCGCCGUCGGCAGGCGCUUGAUCAGGAGGAGGAGGCGCGCGCUGCUGCGCGGGAAGCGGGUGCGCGACGUGGCCGCCGCCACCGUGACCGGCGACUGCGUACGGGCGAAGGGCGUGGAGAAGGAGGUGCCCGGCGUCGUCGGCGGCGUGGAGACACUGACGGCGACCACAGGAGGCGAUGUGGUCGUGGCGCCGGGCGGCGAUGAUCACGAGGCGGAGCUGGCGUGGCUGGAGGAGAUGUACAGGACGGGACGCUGGGGCUUCGGCCGCGUCUCCUUCUCGGCCAAGACCCCCUGAACUGCUCGCAGGCCCGCCGUUGCCUCGCGUACGUGCACGCCGGCGGCGUAGCUGGGCCGUCGGAGCAGAAGGUGGCGGCGGAUUAACUUCCGAAGUGUUCUUGACUUCUUUGUUAGUAGUAUAUAUCUUGUAGCCUAGUUUGUUUACGUACGUAGUAUACUAGUAUAUCCCCGGUGCAUCGCGCAUGUACGUGCGGCGCGCACCGUCUAAUCUAGUCUAUGUAUCUACAUGGAGAUGGGAUGGGUGCCGCGGUUUUUUCUCGCGCACGAUUUCUCAAUCUAGUAACACUGAAUCGAUCGCCAUUGUUU